GAUGUCCGCAAAUAAAGCCUGUCUCACGUGUAAGUCAUUCUUGCCUCACCAUUGAUGCCCCCAAACAGCGCUCUGCCCAAAUCUUGGCACGCGUCUGCGCUUUUGGGGAGGGACUUUUGGCACCGGCGUCUGAAUACUUCACAGUCCGGAGAGAGAGUUCAUUUUACGACUGCUUUUACUGUAAGACACGGGACAAUAACAUCAAUUCAACUAUGUCUGGGACUACAGGCUCCUCUGGCACCGCUAAGAUGAAAAAGGACGAGUCAUUUCUGGGUAAAUUAGGGGGGACUCUGGUGCGCAAGAAGAAGUCUAAAGACGUGAGUGAUCUUCACGAGGAGGGGAAAAAUGCCAUCAACGCUCCCAUGUUGCCUUCAGGGACUGAGAUCCACCCAGAGGACACACUGCUGGAGGAGAAUGCAGAGAGGAUCAUGCUGGACCCCACCUCAAGAGAAAACCUGAAAUUUAAAGAUCUGGUUAAGGUGCUUAUCGACUGGAUCAACAGUGAGCUAGAGGAGGACAGGAUCAUCGUCAAAGACCUGGAGGAGGACUGUUAUGAUGGACAGGUGCUACAGAAACUCUUUGAGCAGUUGUCGGGUCGAAAGCUGAACGUGGCCGAGGUGACCCAGUCUGAGAUCGGGCAGAAGCAGAAGCUGACAACUGUUCUGGAGGCAGUGAACGAGCAGCUCCGCCCCCACGGAUGGACCAUCGAGUGGAGCGUCGACUCUAUUCAUUCAAAGAACAUUGUGGCAAUUGUGUACCUCCUUGUUGCCUUGGCGAUGCAUUACCAGGCUCCUAUCAGACUACCUGAACAUGUCUCAGUACAAGUGGUGGUGGUCAAGAAACAAGAGGGUAUCCUGCACACUGCUGUAGUGACCAAAGAGCUGACCAGUACCACAGAGAUGAUGCUGGGAAGAUUUGAGAGAGACGCUUUUGACACUCUGUUGGAUCAUGCACCCGACAAGCUCAACGUCGUUAAAACGUCUCUCAUUACCUUCGUGAACAAACAUUUGAACAAGCUGAACCUGGAGGUGACCGAGCUGGAGACUCAGUUUGCAGAUGGAGUCUACUUGAUAUUACUGAUGGGGCUGCUCGAAGACUACUUUGUCCCUUUGUACAACUUCUUUUUAACACCAGAGAACUUUGAACAGAAGGUUCACAAUGUCGCCUUUGCUUUUGAGCUUAUGCAAGAUGGAGGACUGAAGAAACCCAAAGCCAGACCAGAAGAUGUGGUCAACCUUAACCUCAAGUCCACCCUGAGAGUUCUGUACAACCUCUUCACCAACUACAAAAACACAGAAUGACUCUUCGCCUGAUAUCAUUGCAUUUGAACACUGCUUUGUGCCUAUAUAUAACUGCGUGUACAGUCUGGACACUGGGACAGCUGGGAGGACCUCUACUCAUUACUAUGUAUGAUUCAAAAUGACCCUUGGGAAGUAACUCAGGAUGUGGAUAUUUCAUCUCCUCCAAAUGUCACUAUUUAUUCUUUGCCGAAUGUUAACCGCGACCGAACAAACUCCGCAACCUUUCAGAGAGAAUUUGAAUAAGCAAGUGUCCCGGGAAAAUGCGGGAGGGCAGAAUACAAAACCAAAGGGUAAUAGACUGUUGAACCAAAUUUUGUUAUUUUGUUGGGUAAAUUUGGUUUUCAAAGGAUAAGGCGGCUGAUACUUCUCAUAUUUGUGCACACCGAAAAUUGAACUCAUAUUAUUACCGGUAUUUAGAAUUUCGGAAAACAAUGCAUUGAUAUUAUAGUUUUGUUGCAUAAUAAGCUAAAUAAUUGUAAAAAUACAUUUAUAUAUAGAGAAAUAUAUAUGUAGAAACAGAAUAGAAUAGAACAAAUAGAAUUUACAGAGUAAAUUAGAAAAGACAUUGUCUGAUGAACCAUGUAUUAAGUGUAUUUAUUGGUCAAAACUGCUUGGUGAAAACUUGCAUUCUUACUGUUAGUGGGGUCGCCUCUCCAAAGAUGUAACUUGACCUGCUGGUGCCACGAGUCCAUGGAGAUAAGUUUAAUGCCAUACGGUGUAACAUAGGUAACAAAGGUGACAUAGGUACUGUGUAAAACAGGCAACAUAGGCAAAGCAAUAACAUCUCCAUGGAAAAAGUAAGUGUGUAACUACACAAGCAUGUAAUUCCACUAGAAAACUUUUAUGCAGUGCAACUGUAAAAAAAACACCAUGGUAUGUCAUUUUUUAGCCAAAAACAGGCUGAAAUAAAAGCUUUUUUUUUUUUUUUUUUUUCAUUUUAUUGUGUUUAUUGCACUCAGACCUGACUCUUAUUUGACCUGGAGGAGGGUCUCCUUCUGCUGGUCUCUAUGGAAAUGUUCCUUUGGCUGUAAUUUUCCACAGUAUGGCAUAAACCGUAUAUAUCUCCAUGGAGAAUGUUCAGAGGUAUAUGAUCAAUAUACUAUGUUAUAAAAUUAUGUUGGUUAUCUAUGUGAUUAAAUCAAAUCAUUUUCGAAUUUUUUAAUUUAUAUUUUUCCACAUCCUCUUGAUUUAAUGCAGUGUUCAGGAGGUCCAUGUGUCUGACAUCUUUGCGGUAUCCAGGCAACUAAUGGAGACUGAUAUGGCUCUAUUCAAACAAGCCCCAUACAAUACAAACAAACUACUUAUACUUGCUCACUAUUGUUAAGUGCACCACAGCACACAACAGCACACAACACAGUGCAAUGUGGAAACAAUACAUGCACUGAAAAAGAGGCCAUUUCCUAAUCAAUGCUUUUUGAAAGAAUCUGUUUGGUGACGCUUUUCUGUAAUCAGGUCAAAAUGAUGUGAAGAAUUUGUGAUUAAUAAUUUGACUUAAUCUGUAAUAAUGAGUAGAAUUAAUUACAUAACAUUAUUUUGCAA